ACAAGUAUGGCAGCAUUUGCAUUCGCACGCACACGAGAUUUGCUUACUCACGAUAUCAUUCAGAAGUGCGAAUCUGUCAAGGAAAGUAACGCAACCACAAGAAAGAAGAAAAGAUGGUGCGAAGUUCUAGAACAAAACAUAGAACGAAUCUAUCCAAAUCGAAAACUUAUUUUGGUUGGGUCUUCAACAACUAGCUUUGCAAUCGAGGGUUGCGAUGUCGACUUGACCAUCAUUCGGACGGAUAGCCCACCGUUCUACGGAUUUGAGUCGGGACUGCAGAUUCUGAGUCGAAUACGAGAUGCCUUGAUCGCAAGAACGUCAAUAAAUACUGAGCUGAUCAGUUCUGCAGUUGUUCCCAUAUUAAAACUCAAAGACCGCCACGAAGGACUUGAAGGAGAUAUCAGUGUUGAUAUCCAGAAUUCCAUAUUUAACACAUAUUUGCAAAAGUGUUAUGGUAGAAUGGAUCCCAGAGUCACUCCGUUAGUGGUGACCGUCAAGCACUGGGCGCAAGAAUCAGGAAUCACUGGAGCGCACUACCACAAGCUUUCUGGUUUUGCCGUAGUGCUGUUGGUUAUUUACUAUUUACAGAGAGGCUGUAGUCCGCCUGUCCUUCAUUCCCUACAGGAUUUGAAUCCAAUACACUUUACCACUACUGCAACCGCCAGCAUUACUGCAGAAAAACUGAUGAGCGACUCUCUCCCAGCGGUUGUUACUUCGUAUAAUUCAGCUAACACAGCAACCCUUGGGGAGCUGCUUGUGGGAUUUUUCAAUUUUUAUUGUAACUUCGACUGGCACCAAGUAUUAUCUGUUCGUCUUGCCGGCCCAAGAAGAGUACCUAUUGAUAAAAAGUGGACUCGUCCUUACAUCCGAAUCGAAGAUCCUUUUGAUCAAAAAAAUGUCACACGCGCUGUGUAUGAGUUCUCAGGAUUCUGUGACAUUAAGCAGGCGUUCAACACAGCCAAAACGAGGCUUGCAUAUGGUCAAUGUCGUUUACACGAAAUAUUUUAGUUUCAAUAUGCACCCGGAAGUAAAGAUUCAUUUGAGUCUUGACUCACUUCACACACUCAUAUGAGUAUCUCUUCGAUCAAAAACUGAGACCUUUUUUUUAAGAGGGAAAUGAGUGUCUGAACUGUUUAGUUAACAAAAACACAGCUGGUCAAAUAGUAACCCUGCUUCAUUGACAAUUUGUGGUAUAAGUUACUACAAAACUCACCAAGUGCAAGUCAAUAAAUUGUGGUGAGAGUCCUCUAAAGAAGUUUCCUCUCAAUUGAUCUUCCUUCCAAUAAGUAAGGGAUAACGGAUUUGAAGGAACGAGAGUUGACUCCCAACCGUUCUGAUUUAAGUAGGAACUUCUUACAGAAGUGGUGAUAAUCAAGUCAGUCUUUUCAGAAUUUCACUAAAAAACCUUGUUGGUAUUUCAUCGAUCUCGUGGCUGUUGUAAUCAUACCUUGAAAUUUUCCAAAACAUUUUUCACUUAAAGCAACUGAUGUCAAUACCAUAACUUCGGCUCUAUCAAGAAAACAUCGUUUGCAUGACUAAGCAAUGGAGGAAGGUCUCUAAUAAGAGCGAUGGCAUCAACAAAAUUGACCGCAUUAAUGAAUCAAACAAGGUGCAUAAGGCAACACAGCAAGUUUGGCUACAAGCCUACAAAAGUGCCCUACUCUACUCUAACAUAUAAACUGAGUAAAUCGUUUCUUGGCACUUGUCGCAUGCUUAAUAUUAAGUAAUUCAUUAGUUCGAAGCUUGUUUUCGUGCUGUUUCCCCUUCCUACGUGAUUUACAACAAAAAUUUUAGUCCUACGAUUAGGAUUUAUUUUGUAAUCAUUGUGAUCGCUAAAUUAUUUGAGACUUCAGGGAAAGACUCUAGAUACGUUCAUAUCUGGAUACCUUCCAGACCCUUUUGGCAUAUUAUACUAUGAGCAAAAGUCGUUGGAGAUUUAAGCAGAGUACUUCAGCCUGAAAUGAAGCUUAACAACAGGUUGUUAUUAUAUCAGUUAAUUUCGACUUUAUUCUAACUUUUCAAAUAAACAUUGACAUUUUUUUUGCUCACCUUCAAGGUAACCACUGUUGGGGUAACAAGAUGA